AUGCUUUUUCUAAGAUUAGAUUUCUUUUUUUAUUUCUGGGAGCUUUUUUAUCCACGAUCUUAUUGUUUGCAGGUGUACUAUUUUUUUUUUUUUGCUAAUGACGGUUAUGAAUAUUCGUAUGUUGAUGAUUUAUAUAUACAGAUAUAUACUUUUUUUUUUUCAGGAUUUUAUUUAUUUAUUUAUUUAUUUAUUUAUUUAUCACUAUUAUUAUUGAUUUUAAUUUAUAUGUGUGCUGUAUAUUACUAUUUCUUAGCGGUGGUAUCCUUUCAACAUAUAAACCAUUCAUUUUCUGAUGUGGCAGUUCAUCUCAUUUCAUUUCACCUUUUUUCUCUUUUGACGUAUUACCAUCUACCCUUCUUAUCCGUCUGGUGUCCGAAAUAUUCCAACUUCGGACUAACUGUUCAAAUUUAUAUCACACAGUUUUUGUUUUUUUUUUUUUUUCCUUUCUUUAAAUCUUCAGUACCUUUUUUUUUCUUAUAA